AGUAAGCAGAGCGGCCAUCUUGUGGAGCUCAGUCGGGAAUCAACUGCCGAGCAGCGAGGGACGAGUGAUGUGGAAGAGAGGCCAGAUGUGUUAGACGAAGGGUUUUUAAUGCGCUUCCGAGCCCGAUUGCCGCUACGUGCGAGAAGUUGUGCGAUAGCGACGACGGAGCCACGACGACCAACGCGGGACUUUCGCGUGCGAAAAGGCCCGGUACAUCCGAUUAAAAACCUUCAGCAGAGGGGAAGCUGCGAAGGAGUCGACGGCGGCGGCGGAGGAGGAGGAAGAAGAAGAAGAGGAGGAGGUAGCAGCGGAGAGUAGAUCGCGGAGAAGGUUCUGGCGAGAGGCUGACGACGAGCUUUAGCUUCUUAUCGGCGGAAAGGCUUGGCCGCUUCUUGGCUGUAAGUGUGAGGAGUUAGAGAGAGAGAGAGAGAGAGAGAGGAUACACCAGCAGAGAGAAGAAUUGCGACGCCGAGAGGCAGAAAGAGAGAGAGGGGAAAAAAAUCAGCGCGCGGAGGAGGAUGACCGACCGAGAGAAAGUGCAGUGUCAAAGUCUGUGAUAGUAUUUAUAAAAAAAAAAAGAAGAAAAAUAACGACAGCAUCAGCACCUGUGAACGUGUCAUCGUCGUUCGCAAUAAAAGGAGGACGAACAACCCGCGCGGAUAUAUAGAGAGAUAGGCUUUAUAUAUUUAUUUAUAUCUGUGAUAUCGACACUGAUAUACAUCGACUUUCUUCGGCAGAAGAACGAGAGACGAAGACGAGUGUGAGAGAGAAAGAGAGAGAGAAAGAGAUCGCUCCGAAGGGAGAUUAUAUCAGUAUCUUAGUGGAUAGGCUUUUUUGUAUAUAUACUACUGACUCUUUUUUAUAAUUAUUGCCGCAUCGGUGCGAAUUACGAGGGCACGGACAACGUACGCUCCGACAAAUUUCUCGACAGUGAGCCCAGAAUAUUCUACGAUCUCUUUCCCGGACGUCAUUCGACGUCGUUCGACGAGAGCGAAGAGUACGCAAAGAGGAAACAUGGUGGAGAAGAUCCUAGAGGAGAGGGAGGACGGCAGCCAGGAGGCCGGACGAGGCGAUGGCACCUGCCGAGAUGUCGCUUCGACGGGGGAGACCAUGAGCGCGGUGCAAGCUCGUCAGGAAGAGGCGAGACGCAAGAGGCGCAGGAAGAGACGUUCUGGCUCAUCCGUGGUAUCCUCCUGCUUCCAAGAACUGUACAAGCUGACCGGAGAAGUUCUCGGAGAGGGUGCUUACGCUUCGGUCCAGACCUGUACGUCCCUCUACACGGAUCUCGAGUAUGCCGUGAAGAUCAUCGACAAGAUCCCCGGACACGCGCGUGCCAGGGUGUUCAAAGAAGUCGAGACGUUCCAUCAUUGCCAGGGGCAUCCAAAUAUUAUACAGCUGAUCGAGUUCUUCGAAGACGAAGAGAAGUUCUACCUCGUAUUUGAGAAGAUCAACGGUGGCCAAUUGUUGAAUAGAAUUCAGGAACGGGUUCACUUUACCGAGAGAGAAGCGAGUCAAAUCGUCAAAGAGAUUGCGAGCGCGCUAGAUUUUCUUCAUAAGAAAGGAAUUGCUCAUAGAGAUCUCAAGCCCGAGAAUCUUUUGUGCGUAUAUCCGGACAAGUUAACGCCGAUCAAGGUGUGCGACUUUGAUCUUGGAUCAGGUAUCAAGUUCAACAACUCGCUGUCUAGUCCUGUGGCAACGCCGCAACUUUUGACGCCGGUGGGUAGCGCCGAGUUUAUGGCGCCGGAAGUAGUCGAGGCCUUCAUCGGUGAGGCCAAUUACUACGACAAACGUUGCGAUCUCUGGAGCCUUGGUGUCAUCAUGUACAUUUUGCUCUGCGGUUAUCCGCCCUUCUACGGGAACUGCGGCACCGACUGCGGCUGGGGUAGGGGGGAGAAUUGUCAGGCCUGUCAAGAAUUGCUGUUCACCAGUAUUCAGGAAGGUAGAUACGAGUUUCCCGAUAAAGAAUGGAGAUGCAUUUCCGAGGAUGCGAAAGAUUUGAUCAGGGGCUUACUCGUCAAAGAGGCACACCAGAGGUUCAGUGCGGAUAGUAUUUUGAAACAUCCCUGGAUUAAUCCCGGACCGAUUUCCGUCGAAAUUGGCGAUCGAUCACUUACCACGCCUCAUAUCAUAAGGAGAAACAACUCCGCUAGAGAACUCUCAGCAUUCGCUGAGUCCGCAAUGGCUGUGAAUCGUGUGGUACUUCAGCAUUUUUCUCUAAACCUCGAGGAGUUGGCGGAGAACCGGGAACCCAGACUGUCUACGUCGUCAACUGACGACGACAAUCAUCCGUACGGUCACAUAUCCGACUCGAGCAGCGAGUUGUCCGAAAACAGCAAGCAUUUGAUGACGCAUUCCUCUAGCGAGUUUGAUGGUACGCGACAAAAGUCGUGUUCCAUGCGCUCCAGCGUCGACUUAAACGAUUCUAAAAUCAUCGGUAAGAAUCGGGUCAUAGACAAGGACUCGCUGCAGAAUUUGUUCGGACUAUCACCGCCGACCGAGAGUCGUCUGAUGCAGCGCCGUUUGAAGGCACGCUCCGAUCUACUUGAACGUCAAACUGGUAAAGCGGUAAUUGCGUCUCCGAGUGGCUGAGAGGUCGCAGUAAUAUACCGUCGAUUGCUCUUUCUCACUAUAUCUCUUUGUAGCUACGAGGACGCGAACAAUGUACAAUACUUUUUUCCAAUGGCUUAGGAAGUUAACGUGUAGCGUAAGUCGAGUCUCUGAUUCUGUGAGGAUAUAACGAGAAUAGGCUCAAUCCAUUUACGUAGUGACGACAGCGAUAAUAAUCGAAUAAAAAAUAUUUUCACCGCGAAAAUUGAUCGAAAAGAAUAUCUCACCAUUAUCUUUUCUUUCUUUUCAGUAGUUGUAAGCUUCCUUUGUUUUAAAUUUUCGGUUUUUUUUAGCAGACAGUUUGAUGACAACCAGAUUAUUUUUCUUUCUAAGAUAAAAUUCUAGUUGUCGCCUAUUGCAAAUUGAUUAAUAAUAACGUGACAUUACAGUUGUAAUAUUACAUAGCAUACCUAUUAAAGUAAUGUAUAAAAAAAUGUAAAAUAAGGAAUAUUUGUUUAGAAUGUAAAACUUGAUUGUAAUAUAAUAUAUGCACUUGUGUGCACUGAAACGUGUACAUACAUAAAGUGCACGUUGCGGUACAUAAAGAAAACAUUUUACAUAAUCGGUACAAAAAAAGUGAAGAUAAUUAUAUCGCAGUUUGACUUCAACAUUGCGCGCGAAUAGAUCUUGGAAUUAAAAAUAAAUCUGAUUUCAUCAAACAUCGUGUAAUCUUCGCUGCGUGUUGCUCGUUUUUCACGCAGUCACAUAUUGUUACAUAUUAUACAGAGCUAUCUACACGACACGCGCAUCUGACAGUGUAUCACCAUCACCCGCGGAUGGAAUAUCGACUUUCAAAUAUUAUAUUUUACUCAUCCACAUGUCAAAAUUUGUAUGCAAAUAAGUCAUCAUUGCAAAAUACCCCAAGGAUGAUUCCGAAGUACAUUGAUGCGUCGACUUUGAUAGAAUCUUAUCCUUUCGCUACGUAUCAGACACGUACGUUAAAAAAGACAAAUACGCGCGUUCACGUGUAGACAGAUUAUUAAUAAAAAAAGAAAAGAGAAAAGAGUGAAGAUCCUCGUGAUCGUGAUAUUUCGUGUGCUACUCUAACACACGAAUGCUUUAUUACGUAAAUAUUAUUUUUUUUUAUUUGUUCGCGAAUUUCCUUCAGUUAAAAAGGAUUAAAAAAAAAAAAAACAAAAAACAAAAAAAUCGACACAACCGACGCAAGGCGAAAAAGAUGUUCCUUUUACUGCUUUUUUGAUAUUGUUUCAAGUAUAUUCGAGCCAUAAUAUACAUAUAUAUCUUCGAGCGGAAUAAACGAGUGAAUGUGUCUCAGCCCACAGGUGCAGAUUAUAGUUUGCUCAUAUAUAGAUUAAUAGAAACGCGAUAGAUCAUAAGUCAACGCAAGAUUUCAAAAUGACAUUCAAAAGGUGGAAGCGUGAAAGUAGAUGAAAAGAGAGAAUGGCUUCGUUUACAGUUUCGCAUUUUUGUGGUUAAAUCACGUGAUAACGUUUAUUGUUACAUAUUUUCGUAGAGUUUUAUUGACCUUAAAAUUGUUUUAUAUAUAACGCUAAUCCAACUCAUGAUAAUGCUUUAUAUCUUUUUCUCUACGAAUUAUUCGCAUUCUAAAUUUUUUCUUCGUUCCGCUAUUAUGCACGAGUCCGCGAAACAAAAAAGUUGAAUAUUUCACUUUGGUCAUGUUUCGUAUAGAGACAAAUCGUCGAUACUUUUUUUUUUAUCUUGCUUUAUUGUGUUUUUUAAAAACAAAAAAAUACAUAUGCAAAGAAUUUCUCUCAUUCACUCUGAUGCGAUGGACCGAUUUUACUCAGGGCAGUUGGGAGACCGCUGCGUACAUUAUUCUACAUAAACAUACGCUCGUACAGUUUGAAAACUGGGAGAAAAUAUAAAGAGCUAUUUGUAUGUAUAAGAUUUACAGAGUGCAGACCCUCCACAAUGUUAAUGUUCGCUUCAGGAUUUCGGCAUCUUGUAAUUUUGACAAAGAAGAGAGAGGAGAUUGGGAGGACUGCGAAUGUAUAAUAUGCGUUUGUACAUUAUAAUUGCAUUAUUGGAAACUUUCUUAGAAAGUCAUUCGCUUGCUGUAGGCAGGUACGGCUUUUGUCAACUUCUGUCUUCUUUGUACUUUGUAAGUACCAGUAAGAUAAAAAUUAGUGUUUAUAGCGCUCGCGCGCGUAGAAAUGAGAUUUUAUAUAUAUGUAUAUACAUAUAUGUAUGUAUAUGUUUAUGUAUACACAUUUAUAUGAAAAUCUCCGUGUAAAUAGAAGAGCUACGAUAUAGAGGUAUGGAAAGCAAUACACAAUGCGGGCUCUUUUAUAAAAGAGAAAAUGUUGAAAGAUUAUAAUAUAUUUAUCGGCCUCUUUGCGCAAAGCCAAAAACAACACUUUGUUCUUUAAUCCACUGUAGCGUGUCAGAAAUUAUCAAUCGUAAAAGUUAAUUUCUCUCAUUUGUCUUUUUCUUUUGUCUUGCGCAAAGUUCUAUACGAUAUAUACAACUCAUGUCAAGCAAUUAAACGUACGCUCGAAAAGCACCAAAAUUGUUUAUUAUCGUUUUCUAUCGAAUUACGAAACGAGAGAUUUUUUUUGUAUCGAGCGUGCGUAUGAAGUAUUGAUGUAGGCUCGAAUGUAAAAGUGAAUACUCUUCAAAAGAAAGAAACGAAAGAGGAGAGAAGUAAUAUAUAUAAAUGUAAGAGAGUAUAUAAAAGUGUAAUGGUGGAGUGCAAAUGGAGCAAAUGUUGGAGUGUGCAGAAAAAAAUAUAAAAGGAAAAGAAAAAAAUAUACAAAUGGCCAUAAUACGCAGAUCUGUAAGCGUAACGAAUUUAAGAUUGUAUAAUAAAGCGCGAGCGUAUAUUAGAUGUGUGUGUAUGGAUGUGUGUAAGAUUGCGAAUGAGUAAAGAAGAGGCGUGUGAAAAAUGAAACUAAUUACUAGCCUUUAAGAGGAAAAAAGCACCUUGUCGUAAGUUUAUAUAGCAUAAAGAUGCCGCUGAGUCAUACCGACCAGAGUAUCAGAUUGUUGUUUACUUUAAUCCUUUUACAUCUCCAUACAUCUAUCUCGAUACAAGCGAAUCAAUUUUUAAUAGAGUUUUGUUCUUAUACACAUACAUGCAUUAUGAGAGCUUAAAAAAAAAUGAUAUAACGAUCGUUUCGAAGAUUGAAAUUGUGAUAACGCUUUUCGCGCGCUGUGGCUGGAAUAUGAAUAAUGUUUGAGUAUUCGGUAUAGCACAGCGGUUGGUCAGUUAUAUACAUGCGAAAUGCGAACGCUAUCAUUCUCAUUUUCUUCCCUGUAAUACGCAGAGUGUUGUAUAAGUCGUUUGCGGAGCGGCAGUUAUAACGAAGGAGGAUGAAAGAUAUUGGUUCGUGUUGUGUUUGCAACGUCCCAUCGCGUCCAUAUAACGCGGAAGAUCUUAGAACGAGAAAGAACAGAGUUACGAUGUGAGAGAAGCGAGUAAAGAUUUCGUACAUUUUUUUUCUGAGGAAAGGAACAGGAAAAAUGAUCGUGUCGUAUAUCUUGAAUGAUACGCAUCUCGUUCCUCUCAUCUUCUGCCCGCACACUCUUUGUCAAAUCAUUUUUCCGCCACGAAAUUCGCGCGAUCAACACAUAUCUUUAUGAAGAAGAAAGCGCAUCUUUCUCUUUUUAUGAAAAAAGAAAAAAUAGAGACAUUAUCAAGUACGGGCUAUUUGUGUGUGAAAGAUCAUCGCCCGAUGGUCUUUCAAUUUCAGAUGAGCAUUCAUUCUGUCGGGGAAAAAAAAAAAAGAAAAAAAAAGAGUGUGCGGCAACUCGACACGAACAGAUUUUGAUCGCACUUUUCAUAUUCUUAUAAUCGUAGUCGAUAUAUCGAUCGAAGAGUGGGAUAGUAAGAGAAAAAAAAAAACAGAAUGUAAAUAAGAUUUAUCUAGUAGCUAUAGUGCCUAUAUCCUAAAAAGAGUAGAUCGAUAACGCUCCCUGAAUUUUACCCUACUCCCUUCAUCACCCUUUUUCCCGCAUCUUUCCACAUUCAUGUCCUUUCAUUCCUCAAACACAAAAUAUCUCCUUUUCACGACCUUUGCUAAAACCAAUUUUCCCUUCCCGUAUCCCCAUAAUCGAAACAUUCCUCACUCUCGAACCGACCAUUAUCCUCUUUUCCCAUGUCAUGAUCCCUUCUUCCACGCGUCCCAAGAGAAAAAAGUUGUUAUAAAACGGAAAAUGGCCAAAAAAUAUUUUUUAUUUUUCAUACCCACUUGUAUGUAGGAUAUAUAACGAUAUAUUUUUUUGACACGGUUAAGGAGACAUGGAGAUUGCAAAGAAAGAGAAGCAGCCGUAUCGCAUUCCCGAUCGCUCUCUCCUUUGAAACUGUUCCGAGAGAGAUAUCAGGGGAUGCGAUAGCUUUUCUUUCAUUUAUUGCGUUUGGUGCGAUAUCUUACUGCUUAGUAUUAGAUGUUUUUGUAAACCGAAAUCGCUCUUCAGUUCAGCGAAAGAGAGAGAGAGAGAGAGAGAGAAAACAGAGAAUAAGGGCUAAAAUCCACUUGAUAACGAGUUCACGUACAAUUUUCCAUUCUGUUACAGAAAACUAUUCAGCACGCGCGUUUUCCUGUCCUUUUUUUUUCCUGUAAAGAAAAUGUAAUGAAACGAAAUUCUUUUCAAUUUUAUUGUAAGAUUUGACCGAUAAAAUUAGAUUUUCGCCGUGCCAUUGGUAUCUUCUUCAAGUAUGUAAACGAGAGCGAUUGUCGGAUUCUAAAUGUUACAUCGCAAGUCACAUCGUGAGCGGAGGCGCUAAUUUUUUGACGUACUUUUAUUCGUAUUUAAGUGGCGCGCGUUUUAGCCUAGCGAAACAUGUAAAUGUUGAGACUGGAUAUUACGAACGUACAAAAGAACCUUUAUUAUACCUGUAAACUAUGUAAAACAUGUUGAUCGCUCCACGAUUCAUAAUCGUCGCGUCCAAGAAAACAAAGAAAAAAAAACAAAAAAAAAAUAUAUAUAUAUAAUAUACUCGCGUAAGGCGAGUUGGUUUCGAUUCCCGAGCAACAAUUCCUACGACUCGAAUUAUCCAUAAAUCUGAUUGCGAACAACCAGGCAAUGGCGUGAUUCGAAGAAAAAGAAAAUCUUUGUCAUUGAUCCCUCAUGAUUGAUCAUUAAAAUGUAUAUUUUUUAAGUGAAAUAUUAAAAAAUUUACUUUAUUA